GCGCCCCCAUUGUCGAAUGGCAUAUUCCACAACAACAAAGAUGGCAGCCCCCUGUAGAAAAAUAUUCGCGUGUGCUUCACGUGUUCCGAUCGACUUUUCUGGCGUCAGCUUCCCCGAGAGAAACUGUUUCUUCUUUCAGCACUCAACACGAAGGGUACGCCUAGCCGCAAGAUACGUAUGGGCCCGAUCCAUUGUAAGUUUCAGGAAGCUAGAGAGCUCUUUGAAACCCGGGGAGCCACAAAAUGUUACAGAGAAUACUCUCAAAGAUGAGGAAAGCAUUCAGGACAGAUUACUGAAGCAGGUUAUACCACUGUGGAGAUCAGGAAUGUCAUAUGAGGCCCAGUUAAAGUGGAAGUACCACGAGGCAGCCCAUGUGUUGAAGAUCUUGGCCCGGAAGCUGUCAGCAGUUUGUCCCCCUGACUGGCCUGUCAUGAGGCAGGCCGAGGAGAACAGCGGCAUGUGCUGUCCACUUGACAAUACCAAACCUUCACCCAUCACAGAAGGUUACAGAAACAAGUCUGGCUUCUCCAUAAACAAGGGUCCGGACGGGAACGAGAAGACAGUGGGACUGUUUGCAGGCAGAGGGAGGCGGUAUAACAUCAUCUGUGUGCCAGCAGACAGGUGCAUCAACAUACCUGAGGCACAUCUACAGGUGGCUAGGGUGUAUCAGCAGUACAUCCGGUCCUCCCCCCUGCCCGCCUGCAUCCUGUUCCACGAGGGAGGACACUGGCGGGACAUCACUGUCAGGACCAACGUGGCAGGGGACAAGAUGGUCAUCAUCACAUUCUUCCCUGGUCAGCUCUCACAGGAAGACAUGGAGGCUGAGAAGAGCAAAAUUGUGGAGUUCUUCAUCAAUGGACCAGGCAAGGUCUGCAACAUCACCUCGCUGUACUUCCAAGCAAGGUGACAGCCAACACUACUCUGCUGGAUAUAUGCUGUGGGACAGGCACAAUAGGCAUAGUCCUUGCCGACUCUGUGAAAAAAGUAAUAGGAGUGGAGGUGGUCUCCCAGGCAGUGGAGGAUGCUAACGUUAACGCUGUAUUAAAUGAUGUAGAAAACGCAGAAUUCAUCUGCGGUAAAGCAGAGACCGUCCUCCCCCAUCUGGUCCCAGAACUGCAGAACACCCCCGAGGUGGUGGCUGUGGUGGACCCGGCCAGGAAGGGCCUCAAUCCUAAAGUGACCGGCGCAAUAAGAAACUGCCCCUCCCUGAACAGACUGGUGUACAUAUCCUGCAAGCCUCGUGGAGAAACCAUGAGGAACUUUAUUGAGCUGUGCGGUCCACCUACAGGCAAUGUGCAAGGACCUCCAUUUGUACCCGUGCAAGCUGUUCCCAUUGACAUGUUCCCUCACACCAGCCAUGUAGAACUCGUAGUGUUAUUUGAGAGACAAAAAGCUCAAACAGUAUGACAAACAGCAAUGGGUCCUCCUACACGUUAAUAAUAACUGUAACAGCCUACAUGUACCAUCAGACAUAUGCCCAGCUGCAACUCUGACUUGACUUACUUGACUUAUGUUGUGUGCCGCCCCUUCCCUUCCAUCCGAACCACUUUGGCUGCCCAGGAGUCCCUGUCCAGCGUUGCUUUUCCCUGGCUGUCUGGCUCUAGUCCUGUAUCCAUUCUCAGCACAUCUAUGUAGGUAAGGGGUGGUCUUCCCUGCCUCCUAUUCCUGUGUGCUGGUGUCCAUAGAACUAGGCUGCUUCUUUGUUGUUUCUGUAGCAAUGUCCAGCAAACCUCAGCCGUCUUGCCCGUACUUUGCGUGACAGUUGGGAAAGUCCAGAGUACAACACUUUGUUGGUACAGUGUUGCUCCCAGCUUGUGCAGUUUGAUGGGUACUAUACAGUUGGAUGGGUUGUAUACAAGGAUGUUAAGAUGUGUCCACAACACAAGCUGGGAGCACAAGAGACUCUUACAAUAACAGAAAUAACUGACCAAAUGAAAACAAAUCAUACAUAGACGUUCACUUUAUUCAGUUUUGUGAUACUUGAACUUGUAUUCCAUGUAUGUGUGAGAAUAGUACUCAAGUAAUUAUAUAUGUAUCUUUCUUAUAUCUUGUCCAGCCCUUAUGUAUACAUCCUCCUUGAGAUCUCAAUGAAAAGCAGCCUGCAGGCCGAUUUCAGCUUCUCAUGAAUAAACAAUGAUAGAAAAGACGUCUUAGAAACCUGUGAACGUAGAAUUAUGCUAUCCAAAGUGGCUUCAAAGAAGACAACUGUCUUAACAUUUAGGAUGCUAUUAUAAAACGUGCUCAUCUUAAAAUGUAUUCAAUUUUAAUGGCCUUCACAACAUCAA